AUGAGGGGUCAUAAGGUUGUAAUUCCAGACACGUUACGUGAAAAAGUGUUGUCGGAGCUCCAUAAAUCGCAUCUAGGUAUAGUGAAGACUAAGGCGGAGGUUAGGUCUAGAUUUUGGUUUAAGGGCGUGGACGAAGCAGUAGAACGAAUGAUAGGGUCUUGCAAUAUUUGCAUACAGAUGCGACCAGCGCCAGCCCGAGUCAAGCCCGUUCCGUGGACACCGCCUAAGGAAGCUUGUAGUCGUGUCCACGCCGACUUCCUCGGCCCAAUAAAUGGUCGAAUGUACCUAGUGCUGGUCGAUGCGUUUUCCAAGUGGCCAGAAGUGUACGACAUGGCCAACACAACUACAUCCACCGCCACUAUCGAUAAAUUGUAUGAAUUUAUGUCCAGAUUCGGUAUACCGCUAACUUUGGUAACGGACAAUGGCACAGCUUUUUGUUCCCAAGAAUUUCAAUCUUUUUGUAUCCUUAAUGGAAUAAAGCAUGUCACGUCACCGCCGUACCAUGCUGCAAGCAACGGCCAAGCCGAAUCAUAUGUGAAAAUAGUUAAAAAAGGAAUACGGUCUAGUCUUAUGUCGAGCAGUAACGUUAAACAAGCGAAAAUGGAACUUUUAAAAUAUUUGUUUGAUUACCGUAAUUCGAAACACACUACCACUGGGUUCUCCCCCGCGCAAUUAGUCUACGAACGUAAAAUGAGGUCACGUAUAGAUCUGUUAUCCCCACCCUCACCGCUGCCCUCGUCUGCGGCUCCAAAGUCUGAUAAGCCCGAUGUUCAGUGCUCACAGGAUAAUAAUAAUGUAACUAACCGGAAACAAUUCGCAAUUGGCACCUUUGCACUCUAUACAAAAAAUGUAAACAAUAAUAAAAUUACGUGGAGUAAAGGAACGGUAGAAAAGCGAAUAGGAAAGGUUAUGUAUUUAAUUAAAGACUGGGAUUCUCAAAUAAGUUAUCGAAAACAUGUAAACCAACUAGCAUUGUAUAAAGGUUACCUGGGAGAUGCUAAUGUAUGGGACUAUGACGAUCACGAUAGACUUACGCACUCACCGCCUGCGCCAAUUUCUAUUUCGUCGUCGCCGCCGCCGCCGCCAACGCCGCCGCCGCCGCCGCCGCCGCCGCUGGCGCGAGCGGAGCUGCCACCGUCGGUGCCAACGCCGCCGCCGCCGCUGGCGCGAGCGGAGCUGCCACCGUCGGUGCCAACGCCGCCGCCGCCGUCGGUGCCAACGCCGCCGCCGCCGCCUCAACCGUUGAUGUUGCCAUCGCCUCACCAGAAUGAGUCAGGCCAUACUCACCCCGUGGAGGAAGAAGAGUACAGCGAAGACGAGGAAGAGUUUCAUGAGGCAGAAUCCGACAAUAGGCCGCCAACAGACAAAGAAUACAAAGACGCGUACAAUGGGGCUGGCAACUGA